AUGAAGACCAGGAACUACAUCCCUCUGCGGAGACUCAUAUCAGAUGUGUUGAUUGAGAGUGGCUUAGUGGAUCCCCUGAUUCAGCUCAGACUCAUGGAAGAUGUCACCAUUGACACUGGAAGACCGCUGAAUGCUCGGAAUCUGAAGAGCAUGGGAAUCAUUGAUCAAGUCAGAGCCAAACCAACACUUGACACUUCUUGGGAAGCACUCAGGGAUCAGAGGGAGAUUCCCAACGGACUCUACCUAGACACUGAUAUUAGACUUCAAGAGCGCUUAGCCAGAGAGGAUGAGGAAUGGGAAAGGAAGGAAGAUGAAGAGAAAACACGCCAAGAGGAAGAACAGCGAAUCAGGGAAGCUGAAGAGAAGGUUGUUGUGGAUGCUGCUGCUAUUGAGGCUGAGGCGAAAGCUAAUGUCGAAGCUGAAGAAGCAGCUCGCAUAGCUGCAGAAGAAGCUGCCAAAGACAACGCUGAUGCACUGACUCAGAGGGAGCACUCCAACUAUGGGUCCGUCCCUCUGGUCUUGAAGACUCUAGAGGAACUGCAUAAAGAACAACAAGUGGUUCGGGCUAGGCUGGAUUAA